AUGAAGCCCUGGCACGAAAAGGCCCUCAAGCGUGGGCGGUCGCCUUUGCCAGAAGGCCCAGGUCAAAGACCAUGGCUCCCCUUGGAACCACACGAACGACCUUCAAUAAAUCGCGAGGUGUCGGGCGCUCCUCAAGGACCCAAUCACACCGAAUAUACUGUACCGGCCUCGGCUCCAGACGAGGCCAACGAGAGUAGAAACUUGUCAUACCGCUUCCGGGAGGAGUCUGAAGUGCGUCGGUUGAUAGAAAUGAGAUCUGGCGGGGCUAAAUGGAGCGCCAUUGCGCAAGUCUUUCCUAACCGCACUCUUGAGGCACUGAAACAAACCUACCACAAGCGAAGACAGGCUGUGGAACAAAGGAUCGGAGAGGAGAAAUCCAGCGGCAAAGCGGAAAAGAAUGAUUAG